AUGUGUAGGCUUCACCCCUGGGUGAGGUGCUGGCCCCUCUGUGUGGCCAGCAUGGUGGGGGUCCUCACCUGUGCCUUCCUUCUCCUGGGUAGCUGGGGGCUCCCAGGUGUCUGGCAGAGUUUUCUUCAGGCGUUGGAGCCAGAGGAGGCGUCCUCCUACUUUGGCCCUGACACUACCUUCAAAGGCCAUCCUUCCUCCCUUGGCCUCCAGAGAUGGAGACGGGCUGUAGCAGGCACCCUGCACCUAGAACUGCUGGUGGCUGUGGGCCACGAUGUCUACCAGGCUCACCAGGAGGACACGGAACGCUAUGUGCUCACCAACCUCAACAUUGGGUCAGAACUGCUGAGGGACCCGUCCUUGGGGGCUCAGUUCCAAAUGCACUUGGUGAAGAUGGUCAUCCUGAGGGACCCCCAGGAUGCCCCCAACAUCACAGCCAACAUCACUUCAUCUCUGAGGAGUGUCUGUGAGUGGAGCCGGACAAUCAACCCCAAGGAUGACAGGGCCCUUGGGCAUGCUGACCUGGUCCUCUACAUCACCAGGUUUGACCUGGAGUUGCCUGAUGGUGACCGGCAGGUGCGGGGAGUCACCCAGCUGGGGGGUGUCUGCUCCCGCUCCUGGAGCUGCCUUAUCACUGAGGACACUGGCUUUGACCUGGGGGUCACCAUCGCUCAUGAGAUUGGGCACAGCUUAGGCCUGGAGCACGACGGCGCGCCCGGCAGCGACUGCGGCCCCGGCGGCCACGUAAUGGCGUCUGGUGGCUCCGCGCGCGCCCACGGGGGCCUGGCCUGGUCCGCCUGCAGCCGCCGGCAGCUGCAGCACCUGCUCAGCGCAGGCCGGGCGCGCUGCCUGCGGGACCCUCCCGGGACUGAGCCCACCGUGCUCCCGGCGGAGGCGCAGCCUGGCCUCUACUACGGCGCCGAUGAGCAGUGCCAGGUGGCCUUCGGGCCCGCGGCUGUGGCCUGCACCUUUGCCCGGGAGGACCUUGACAUGUGCCAGGCUCUCUCCUGCCACACAGACCCUCUGGACCGAAGCAGCUGCAGCCGACUCCUCAUUCCUCUCCUGGACGGGACAGAGUGUGGUGUGGAGAAGUGGUGCUCCAAGGGCCGCUGUCUCUCCCUGGCGGAGCUGGGCCUGGUGGCGGUGCAUGGACGCUGGUCUAGCUGGGGCCCCCUAAGUCCUUGUUCUCGCUCCUGUGGAGGAGGUGUUGUCACACAAAGGCGGCGGUGUAACAACCCCAGACCUGCCUUUGGGGGGCAUGCAUGUGUUGGUGCCGACCUGCAGGCAGAGAUGUGCAACACUCAGGCCUGCAAUAAGACUCAGCUGGAGUUCAUGUCUGAGCAGUGCGCUGAGACGGAUGACCAGCCACUGUACCUCUCGCCGGGCAGCAGGUCCUUCUACCGCUGGGGUGCUGCAGCCCAGCACAGUCAAGGGGACGCUCAGUGCAGACACAUGUGCCGGGCCAUUGGGGAGAACUUCAUUGUAAGGCGUGGAGAUAGCUUCAUGGAUGGAACCCGGUGUGUGCCACCCAGCCCACAGGAGAAUGGGGCGCUGAGCCUGUGCGUGUCGGGAAGCUGCCGGACAUUUGGCUGUGAUGGCAGGAUGGACUCACAGCUGGUGUGGGACGUGUGCCAGGUGUGUGGAGGCGACAACAGCACUUGCAGCCCACAGAAUGGCUCUUUCACGGAUGGGAGAGCCAAAGAAUAUGUCACAUUUCUGACGGUCACUCCCAACCUGACCAGUGUGUACAUUGCCAACCACAGGCCUCUCUUCUCACACUUGGCGGUGAAGGUUGGAGACCGCUAUAUCGUGGCUGGGAAGGCAAGCAUCUCCCCCAGCACCACCUUCCCCUCCGUCCUGGAGGAUGGCAGAGUUGAGUACAGGGUGACCCUCACCGAGGACCGGCUGCCCCGCCUUGAGGAGAUCCAUAUCCGGGGACCCCUCCAGGAGGCCGUGGAGAUCCAGGUUUAUAGAAAAUACAAUGAGGAGUAUGGUGACCUUACCCGCCCAGACAUUGCCUUCUCCUACUUCCAGCCUAAGCCACAGCACGGCUGGGCGUGGGCUGCCAUGCAUGGGCCCUGCUCGGUGAGCUGUGGGGCAGGUCUGCGCUGGGUGACGUACAGCUGCCUGGACCAGGCCAGGAAGGAGCAGGUGGAGGCCGCCUUGUGCCAAGGGAGCCCGCAGCCACCAGCAUGGUCAGAGGCCUGUGUCAACGAGCCCUGCCCCCCAUACAGGAAGAUGUCAGACCCUGGCCCAUGUGUGUCAGCCAGUGGAGCAGGCCUGGCCUCGAAGAACAUGACAUGUGUGCAGAGGCCGGAUGGCUUGGAGGCUCCAGCGACUGCAGGGCCCAGCUCCGUAGGAGAGAAGGCACCUGUUUUUGAGCCAGCUGCCAGCUCUCCAGGGAAAGAGGCCCCUUCCCCAGCAGGUGGUGCCAGACAAGGGGCUGGUGCUACACACGUGUGGACCCCUCUGGUGGGGCCGUGCUCUGUCUCCUGCGGGCGAGGCCUGAUGGAGCUGUGGUUCCUGUGCACGGACUCUGCCCUCAGGUUACCUGUGGAGGAGGCGCUGUGUGACCUAGCAGGGAAGCCUGGGAGCCGGUGGACGGUCUGCCAGGCUGACCCAUGCCCUGCCCAGUGGCGGUACAAGCUGGCGGCCUGCAGUGUGAGCUGUGGGGGCGGGGUCGUGAGGAGGACCCUGUAUUGUGCCCGGGCCCAGGGGGAGGACGGUGUGGAAGAGAUCCUGCCAGACACCCAGUGCCAGGGGCUGCCUCGCCCAGAGCCCCAGGAGGCCUGCAGCCUGGAGCCCUGCCCGCCCAGGUGGAAAGUCACCUCCCUGGGCCCAUGCUCAGCCAGCUGUGGCCUCGGCACUGCCAGGCGCUCAGUGGCCUGCAUGCAGUUUGACCAAGGCCGAGACACAGAGGUGGAUGAGGCAGCUUGCGCAGCUCUGGUUCGGCCCCAAGCCAGUGUCCCCUGCCUUAUUGACGACUGUGCCUACCGGUGGCAUGUCAGCUCCUGGACAGAGUGCUCCGUUUCCUGUGGGGACGGCGUCCAGCACCGGCAGGACACCUGCCUGGGACCCAGAGCCGGGGUGCCGGUGCCAGCAAACUUCUGCCAGCACCUGCCCAAGCCAGUAACCCUGAGGGGCUGCUGGGCUGGGCCCUGUGCAGAGCAGGGGACACCCGGCCCAGUGCCCCAUGAGGAAGCUGCUGCCUUGGGCCAGACUACAGUGGCACCUGGUGCUGCUUCCCUGGAGGGACCUCAGCCCCAGGCCCACCUCCACCCCCCAACUUCCCAAACUCUGGAGUUCCUGCCCAGACCACAGGAAAGAACAGCACAGCCCAGUGCCUGUGGCGGGCAGCACCUCGAGCCCAUAGGAACCAUUGACAUGCGAGGCUGGGGGCAGGCAGACUGUGCCGUGGCCAUUGGGCGACCCCUGGGGGAGGUGCUGACCCUCCAAGUCCUUGAGAGUUCCCUCAACUGCAGCACAGGGGAGAUGCUGCUAUUCUGGGGCCGGCUCACCUGGGAGAAGUCCUGCACAAGGCAGGCUGGCGAGACCUUCAGCCCCAACACCAACACGCUGGUGGUGAGGCAGCACCGUAAAAGGCGGGCGGGCGGAGUGGUGCUGCGGUAUUGGAGCAGGCCUGCUGCGGGAACGGUCCACAGAGAAUGUGACAGGCAGCUGUUUGGACCCCGAGGUGAAAUCAUCAGCCCCUUGCUGAGUCCAGACAGGAGGAAUACAGGGGGCUGCCGGCUCUUCAUAGACGUGGCUCCGCAGGCCCGGAUUGCCAUCCAUGCCCUGGCCAUGGCCAUGGGCACCGGGACCAAGGGAACCAAUGCUAGCUACAUCUCGAUCCGGGAGACCCACAGUUUAAGGACUACAAUGUUCUAUGGGCAGCUGCUCUACUGGGAGUCAGAGGGCAGCCAGGCUGAAAUGGAAUUUAGCGAGGGCUUUCUGGAGGCACAAGCCAGUCUUCGGGGCCACUACUGGACCCUCCCAUCUCGGGAGUCGGAAGAGGACAGCCUGGCUGGGCCCUGCCCUAGCUUCCUCUGCAAGCACAUUGCCCACUUACCCCCAUCCUGGAAGGGAAAGGAGCGAACCUGACAUUUACUGAGCACUUCUUAGGGGUUUGGCCAGCCUUGGAGGGUUGACCUCUGAUCGCUGAGUGCUUUCCAAUUCUAACUUAAGGUCUUCUCCAGCGUCCAAAAGGCUAGGAGACAGGGACUCUGUAGAAGGGUCUCCUCCAGCCCCUCAGGUACCAAUAAAUGAAACCUGUACCCCUAUUGGAGUUUUCUUCUCAUAACCUG